CUCUCUUUUGGAAACGAGAGAGGUGGAGGGAGGCAAAGAGGCUGCAGAGGAGAGGCCCGCCAAGUCUGUCUGUCUGCAAAGUGUUGCUUUGACGCAUCCUUAGGAUGGAAGUUAAGUGAGAAAACUCCGGACUUGGAGCUUGUACGGAGACGGAGAUCUAGGGGGGAAAGAAAACCAGUAGGCAGGCCAAUGGUUUUUCGGUGGCGCGCCGGCAAGUUUGUGGAACACUUUCUAGGAAUUAGAUCUUUUUCCUCCCCCUUCAUCUUUUUGACUUCUGAAGAAAGAACUUGGCUUUGGAUUGCAAUGGAGCCUGAGAGAGGGUUAGACACACUUGAAUAAUCCCUCCGGCUGGGCUGAAUUUGUGGGAAUUUAGGAAGCCAGGGUGUGGAAAUACAGCAGCCUUUGGAGUGCCCUCUGCUAAUUUGGAUGGUUCUAAAUGUGUCCCAACUCAAGACCUUCCCACCAACCCCUUUUGCUCUGGCGAUUUGCUCUCCGUGACUUUAAUUAGUAUCUAGGAAAGUCUGAACUUUGGACCUACCUCUUUUUUUGAUACUUAUUUUUGUACUUUUGCUCUCUGGGAUUGGUUUCUUAAACAGGCUGGAUCCUUUUUAAUAUGUCAAAAUGAGUCUGCUGAUGUUUACACAACUACUGCUCUGUGGAUUUUUGUAUUUUCGGGUUGAUGGGUCUCGUCUUCGCCAGGAAGACUUUCCCCCGCGAAUUGUGGAGCACCCUUCAGAUGUCAUAGUCUCUAAGGGAGAGCCCACCACCUUGAACUGCAAGGCAGAGGGCCGGCCAACGCCCACAAUUGAGUGGUACAAGGAUGGUGAACGGGUGGAGACUGACAAGGACGAUCCCCGGUCCCACAGGAUGCUUCUGCCCAGCGGAUCUUUAUUCUUCUUGCGCAUUGUGCACGGGCGUAGAAGUAAACCUGACGAAGGAAGCUACGUUUGUGUCGCAAGGAACUACCUUGGUGAAGCAGUGAGUCGAAAUGCAUCUCUGGAAGUGGCAUUGUUACGAGAUGACUUCCGACAAAACCCCACAGAUGUUGUCGUGGCAGCCGGAGAGCCUGCGAUCCUGGAGUGCCAACCUCCCCGGGGACACCCUGAACCCACCAUCUACUGGAAAAAAGACAAAGUUCGAAUCGAUGACAAGGAAGAAAGAAUAAGUAUCCGUGGUGGAAAACUGAUGAUCUCCAAUACCAGGAAAAGUGAUGCAGGGAUGUAUACCUGUGUCGGUACCAACAUGGUGGGAGAAAGAGACAGUGAUCCAGCGGAGCUAACUGUCUUUGAACGACCAACAUUUCUCAGGAGGCCAAUUAACCAGGUGGUGCUGGAGGAAGAAGCUGUAGAAUUUCGAUGUCAGGUCCAGGGAGAUCCUCAACCAACCGUGAGGUGGAAAAAGGAUGACGCAGACUUGCCCAGAGGAAGAUAUGACAUCAAAGAUGAUUACACGCUGAGAAUUAAGAAGGCCAUGAGUACAGAUGAAGGCACGUAUCUGUGUAUUGCGGAGAAUCGGGUUGGAAAAGUAGAGGCCUCUGCUACCCUCACUGUCAGAGCUCGCCCUGUUGCUCCUCCACAGUUUGUGGUUAGGCCAAGAGAUCAGAUUGUUGCUCAAGGUCGAACAGUGACAUUUCCCUGUGAAACGAAAGGAAACCCACAGCCAGCUGUUUUUUGGCAGAAAGAAGGCAGCCAGAACCUGCUUUUUCCAAACCAACCCCAGCAACCCAACAGUAGAUGUUCCGUGUCGCCAACUGGAGAUCUCACGAUUACCAACAUUCAGCGUUCGGAUGCGGGUUACUACAUCUGCCAGGCCCUCACUGUGGCAGGCAGCAUUUUAGCAAAAGCCCAGCUGGAGGUUACUGAUGUUUUGACAGAUAGACCUCCACCCAUAAUUCUACAAGGCCCAGCCAACCAAACACUAGCAGUAGAUGGUACAGCAUUAUUGAAAUGUAAAGCUACUGGUGAUCCUCUUCCUGUCAUUAGCUGGUUAAAAGAAGGAUUUACUUUUCUGGGUAGAGAUCCAAGAGCAACAAUACAAGAGCAAGGAACACUGCAGAUUAAGAAUUUACGGAUUUCUGAUACUGGCACAUAUACUUGCGUGGCUACAAGUUCAAGUGGGGAGACCUCUUGGAGUGCUGUGCUGGAUGUGACAGAAUCUGGAGCAACAAUCAGUAAAAGUUAUGAUUUAAACGACUUGCCAGGACCACCAUCCAAACCACAGGUCACUGAUGUUACUAAGAACAGCGUCACCUUGUCCUGGCAACCAGGUACCCCUGGAACCUUUCCAGCAAGUGCAUAUGUCAUUGAGGCAUUCAGCCAAUCAGUGAGCAAUAGUUGGCAGACGGUGGCAAAUCAUGUAAAGACCACCCUCUACACUGUCAGAGGACUGCGGCCCAAUACAAUCUACUUAUUCAUGGUCAGAGCUAUCAACCCCCAAGGUCUCAGUGACCCCAGCCCCAUGUCAGAUCCUGUGCGCACACAAGAUAUCAGCCCACCAGCACAAGGAGUGGACCAUAGACAAGUACAGAAAGAGUUAGGAGAUGUUAGCGUCCGUCUUCAUACUCCGGUUGUAUUGACGCCCACCACGGUUCAAGUCACUUGGACGGUGGAUCGCCAGCCCCAGUUUAUUCAAGGCUACCGGAUUAUGUAUCGUCAGACUUCCGGCCUCCAGGCUACAACGACAUGGCAGAAUUUAGAUGCCAAAGUCCCAACUGAAAGAAAUGCUGUUUUAGUCAAUCUAAAAAAGGGAGUGACUUAUGAAAUUAAAGUUCGACCGUAUUUUAAUGAGUUCCAAGGAAUGGAUAGUGAAUCUAAAACAGUCCGUACUACUGAAGAAGCCCCAAGUGCCCCUCCACAGUCUGUCACUGUGCUGACAGUUGGAAGCCACAAUAGCACAAGCAUUAGUGUUUCCUGGGACCCUCCACCUCCGGAUCAUCAGAAUGGGAUUAUCCAAGAAUACAAGAUCUGGUGUUUGGGGAAUGAAACUCGAUUCCAUAUCAACAAAACCGUGGAUGCAACCAUUCGGUCUGUUAUAAUUGGUGGAUUAUUCCCAGGUAUUCAAUAUCGAGUAGAAGUUGCAGCUAGUACCAGUGCAGGGGUUGGAGUAAAAAGUGAGCCACAGCCAAUAAUAAUUGGAGGACGUAAUGAAGUUGUCAUUACAGAAAACAACAACAGCAUAACUGAACAAAUCACUGAUGUUGUGAAGCAGCCAGCCUUUAUAGCUGGUAUUGGUGGUGCCUGCUGGGUAAUUUUGAUGGGUUUUAGCAUCUGGUUGUAUUGGCGAAGAAAAAAAAGAAAGGGACUCAGUAAUUAUGCUGUUACAUUUCAGAGAGGAGAUGGAGGACUGAUGAGCAAUGGAAGCCGUCCAGGACUUCUAAAUGCUGGAGACCCCAGUUAUCCAUGGCUUGCUGAUUCAUGGCCAGCUACAAGCUUGCCAGUGAACAAUAGCAAUAGUGGCCCAAACGAGAUUGGGAAUUUUGGGCGUGGAGAUGUGCUGCCACCAGUUCCAGGCCAAGGGGAUAAAACAGCAACAAUGCUCUCAGAUGGAGCCAUUUAUAGCAGCAUUGACUUCACGACCAAAACCACUUACAACAGUUCCAGCCAAAUAACACAGGCCACUCCAUACGCCACCACACAGAUCUUGCAUUCCAGUAGCAUUCAUGAAUUGGCUGUUGAUCUGCCUGAUCCACAAUGGAAAAGCUCAAUUCAGCAAAAAACAGAUCUGAUGGGAUUUGGUUAUUCUCUACCUGAUCAGAACAAAGGUAACAAUGGUGGGAAAGGUGGAAAAAAGAAGAAAAAUAAAAACUCUUCUAAACCACAGAAGAACAAUGGAUCCACUUGGGCCAAUGUCCCCCUACCUCCUCCUCCAGUCCAGCCCCUGCCUGGCACAGAGUUGGAACACUACGCAGUGGAACAACAAGAAAAUGGCUAUGAUAGCGAUAGCUGGUGCCCACCUUUACCAGUACAAACAUACUUGCACCAGGGUAUGGAAGAUGAAUUGGAAGAAGAUGAUGAUCGGGUGCCAACACCUCCUGUCCGAGGCGUGGCUUCUUCUCCUGCUAUCUCCUUUGGACAGCAGUCCACUGCAACUCUUACUCCAUCUCCACGAGAAGAGAUGCAGCCCAUGAUACAGGCUCAUCUGGACGAGUUGACAAGGGCCUAUCAGUUUGACAUAGCAAAGCAAACAUGGCACAUUCAAAGCAAUAACCAACCUCCGCAGCCCCCCGUUCCACCAUUAGGUUAUGUGUCCGGAGCCUUGAUUUCCGAUUUGGAAACAGAUGUCCCGGAUGAUGAUGCUGAGGAGGAGGAGGAAGCUUUAGAAAUCCACAGGCCCCUGAGGGCGCUAGAGCAGACACCUGGAUCCAGUAUGGACAACCUAGACAGCUCUGUGACAGGCAAAGCCUUUACCUCCUCUCAAAGACCUCGACCAACCAGCCCAUUUUCUACCGACAGUAACACCAGCACAGCCCUGAGUCAAAGCCAGAGGCCUAGGCCCACGAAAAAACACAAGGGGGGGCGAAUGGACCAACAACCAGCAUUGCCUCAUCGAAGGGAAGGAAUGACAGAUGAUCUUCCACCACCACCAGAUCCCCCGCCAGGUCAGGGUUUAAGGCAGCAAAUAGGCCCAAGUCAGCAUGCUGGUAACGUGGAACACUCAACAGAGAGAAAAGGAAGCUCUCUGGAGAGACAACAUGCAUCCAACUUAGAAGACACAAAGAGCUCACUGGAUUGUCCAGCUAGAACGUCCCUAGACUGGCAGCGACAAACCCAGGAAUGGAUAAACUCCACAGAACGCCAAGAAGAUAUACGGAAAGCCCCACACAAACAAGGUGUCGGAUCAGAGGAGGCCUUGGUGCCCUAUAGCAAGCCCAGUUUCCCGUCUCCAGGCGGUCACAGCUCAUCAGGAACCGCUUCCUCAAAAGGAUCCACAGGACCCAGGAAAGCCGAGGUAUUGAGGGGAGGCCACCAACGCAAUGCCAGCGACCUUCUUGACAUAGGAUAUAUGGGCUCAAAUAGUCAAGGACAGUUUACAGGUGAAUUAUGUAAGUGCUUUAGGGCAUUGUAAAAAGCUGUUGUGAUCUGAAAAGAAUAUAGGGUUAAUAAUAUUGCUGCAAUAAAUAAAGCCCAAAUAAAAGUAAAUUUGCUCCACUGUGAGAAAAAAAAAUUAUUAUAAUUUUGAACAGGUUUGGUCAUAAUUUAAACCCAUUAAACCCAUUGCCGUAAAGUCCAUUCUGACAAUAGCAACCCUACGGGACAGAGUUGAACUGCUCCAUAGGGUUUCCAAGGAGCACCUGGUGGAUUCAAACUGCCGGCGUUUUGAUUAGCAGCCCGAACUCUUAACCACUACGCCACCAGGGUUUCCAGUCAUAACUGAGACCAUUGCUUUUUUUACAGUGGUCAAUUAUAUACACAUUUCUGCUAUUUCAUGUUCAAUUUAUACUGUAAAAACUGUUUUAAUUUAGGCAACUCAAUACUGUAAAAACUGUUUUAAUUUAGGCAACUCAAUACUUACAAGAUGUAAAUGAAAUUUAACUCACUUUGUAAUUUUCUUUGCCUUUUAACUGAACAUAGUGAAGAAAUAGGAACUUCACGGCCCUUUGAUGAUUUUAGUUCCUCUUUAUUGAUUUUUUUUUUUUUAAUCUGGAGACCAGCCUAGGAAAGUUGAUUUUUUAUAUUAGCCAAUUUUUAAUAUUUUUACUGUAACAACAUCUCUUAGAAAUAAUUUUUUAAAAAUACUUAAAGAACUAGCAUUUGUAGUUAGUACAAUAUAUCCACUGUACUUUCUAAAUAUCAAAUACUAGGUUCUAGGGAAAAAGAAAUGUCACAGUAAAAACAUUGACCUCCUUGUGUUCAUUUCACUAGGAGAGUUAUCACUUCUGCUACCCAGUGUCAGAAUUAUACUUGCGGAAUAUUUUCAACUGCUUCUUUGAAUUCAAUUUAAAAACACUACAUA